ACCUCCCCGCUCCUCAGUGCCGCCGAGUAACCUGGUUUCCCGGCGUCGGCCCGGCCCUCUUCCCUCUUUUCUUUUCUUUUUUUUUUUCCCCUUUCCCCCUUUUUUUUUUCCUUCCCCCUUCCCUCCCCUUCCUCCGCCUCCCCCUUCCCCCGACAGCGUAGCCGGGGCUCGGGCUCGCUCCCUCCCCCCCCUUCCCUCCCCUCGAGCUGUUGCCGCGGUAGGGAACUGGAGAGAGGCGCCGCCUCCGCCGCCGCACACGGAGACAUGUACCCGGGAGCCACCUCCGCCGGACCCGUGCUUGCCCCUCCUCCACCGUUGCCACCACCAAUACAGGGAUAUGCCUUCAAACCCCCUCCUCGACCAGAUUUUGGCACAUCUGGGAGAACAAUCAAACUGCAGGCCAACUUCUUUGAAAUGGACAUUCCUAAAAUAGAUAUCUAUCAUUAUGAAUUGGAUAUAAAGCCAGAAAAAUGUCCUAGAAGAGUUAACAGAGAAAUAGUGGAGCAUAUGGUUCAGCACUUUAAAACCCAGAUUUUUGGGGAUCGCAAACCAGUGUUUGACGGAAGAAAAAACCUUUAUACAGCUAUGCCGCUUCCCAUUGGGAGAGAUAAACAGGUGGAGCUGGAGGUCACGCUGCCAGGAGAAGGAAAGGACAGAAUAUUUAAGGUGGCUAUAAAGUGGAUGUCCUGUGUGAGUUUGCAGGCUUUACAUGAUGCUCUUUCUGGUCGGCUGCCAAGUGUUCCAUUUGAAACCAUCCAGGCACUGGAUGUAGUGAUGAGGCACUUGCCUUCGAUGAGAUAUACUCCUGUGGGGCGAUCUUUUUUUACAGCAUCAGAAGGGUGCUCAAAUCCAUUGGGUGGUGGCAGAGAAGUUUGGUUUGGCUUCCAUCAAUCAGUCAGACCUUCAUUAUGGAAAAUGAUGUUAAAUAUUGAUGUAUCUGCAACUGCAUUUUACAAAGCACAGCCAGUUAUCGAGUUUGUAUGUGAAGUUUUGGACUUCAAAAGUAUUGAAGAACAACAAAAACCUCUGACAGAUUCCCAAAGGGUAAAGUUUACCAAAGAAAUAAAAGGUCUGAAGGUGGAGAUAACACACUGUGGACAAAUGAAAAGGAAGUACAGAGUGUGCAAUGUCACCAGACGACCAGCAAGUCACCAAACAUUCCCGCUUCAGCAGGAGAAUGGACAAACAGUUGAAUGCACUGUAGCUCAGUAUUUUAAGGACAGGCACAAAUUAGUUCUACGCUAUCCUCACCUUCCAUGUUUACAAGUUGGACAGGAGCAGAAACACACAUACCUUCCUCUUGAGGUGUGCAACAUAGUGGCAGGACAAAGAUGCAUAAAGAAACUCACUGACAAUCAAACUUCCACUAUGAUUCGAGCAACUGCCAGAUCAGCACCUGACCGUCAAGAAGAGAUAAGCAAAUUGAUGCGGAGUGCGAGUUUUAAUACUGACCCUUAUGUUCGUGAAUUUGGAAUAAUGGUCAAAGACGAAAUGACAGAUGUGACCGGUAGAGUCCUACAGCCUCCUUCAAUCCUCUACGGAGGCAGGAAUAAAGCAAUCGCUACACCAGUUCAAGGAGUCUGGGACAUGAGGAAUAAACAAUUUCAUACUGGAAUUGAAAUAAAGGUUUGGGCGAUUGCAUGUUUUGCUCCCCAGCGCCAAUGCACUGAAGUUCAUCUUAAGUCCUUUACAGAGCAACUGAGGAAGAUUUCCAGAGAUGCAGGAAUGCCAAUCCAGGGGCAGCCGUGCUUCUGUAAAUACGCGCAGGGAGCCGACAGUGUGGAGCCCAUGUUCAGACAUCUCAAGAACACUUACACUGGGCUGCAGCUCGUUGUAGUAAUUUUGCCAGGAAAAACACCAGUCUAUGCGGAGGUGAAGCGUGUUGGUGACACUGUGCUGGGAAUGGCUACGCAGUGUGUUCAGAUGAAAAACGUGCAAAGAACAACACCGCAAACUCUGUCUAACCUUUGCUUAAAAAUAAAUGUCAAAUUAGGAGGUGUAAAUAAUAUUUUACUGCCACAGGGAAGACCGCCAGUAUUUCAACAGCCUGUCAUAUUCCUUGGAGCAGAUGUAACCCAUCCACCAGCUGGAGAUGGAAAAAAGCCUUCUAUUGCCGCAGUUGUAGGAAGCAUGGAUGCUCAUCCUAAUCGAUACUGUGCCACUGUUCGGGUCCAGCAGCACCGCCAAGAAAUCAUCCAAGAUUUGGCCGCCAUGGUCAGGGAGUUGCUUAUUCAGUUCUACAAAUCAACUAGAUUUAAACCAACUCGUAUUAUCUUCUACAGAGAUGGUGUUUCUGAGGGGCAAUUUCAACAGGUUCUCCAUCAUGAAUUGUUGGCUAUCAGAGAAGCAUGCAUUAAACUAGAAAAGGAUUACCAGCCUGGAAUUACAUUUAUAGUUGUGCAGAAAAGGCAUCACACCAGACUCUUCUGUACUGAUAAAAAUGAACGGGUUGGAAAAAGCGGAAACAUUCCUGCUGGUACCACAGUGGACACAAAAAUCACCCAUCCAUCAGAGUUUGACUUUUACCUCUGCAGUCACGCUGGUAUUCAGGGAACAAGCAGACCUUCUCAUUACCAUGUCCUCUGGGAUGACAAUCGUUUCUCUUCAGAUGAACUGCAGAUUCUUACCUAUCAGCUGUGUCAUACAUACGUACGUUGUACUCGUUCUGUUUCCAUCCCUGCACCAGCAUAUUACGCGCACCUGGUUGCCUUCAGAGCCAGGUAUCAUCUGGUGGAUAAAGAGCACGAUAGUGCUGAAGGAAGCCACACUUCCGGUCAGAGUAAUGGCAGAGAUCAUCAAGCACUUGCUAAAGCAGUUCAAGUUCAUCAGGACACGUUGCGCACUAUGUACUUUGCUUGACAUGUUUUAAUGUUUAGCAACUCAGUACAGUACAGAGUUGGAUUCACGUGAGACCAGCUGCACUUAGACCAACAGUUGCCCAAGCUACAGUGACAGCCAGCAAUGAGUGAUGCAUCUUAAAUUUUUUUCUUUCCCAUUUGCAAGAAAGCCUUCCGUCCAGAAUUUCAGACUUGAUUAUGAACUACAUUCUUGUACCAAACCCCACUAUUGUUGGAAAUGUGGUUUGCCAAAAACCUCUAAGCUGCUUGGUAUAAAACAGACCCAGAUUUUGUAAUUAAGUCAAGAGCUGUGAUCUCAGGGCUUAUGGGGAAAAAAAACCCCAACAACCCAACCCACAAAACUCCUCAUUCAGUUUGCUAUUCAUUGAAAUGCUUUUAAUAAUUUGGAAAAGGUCUAAUUCAUACUGAGGUUUGAUGGGCUAAAAUGCUGUGAAUUAGCUUUUACUACAAAGGAAAGCAAAGCAUUUUUUGACUAUUUAUGAAGUCUUGAUUAUUCUAGAUGCAUUUACGAAAUUUUAUUUUCAAAAAAAGAGUAACAAAAUUCUGGUUUUCAACUGUCUUAUAAAGAUUAUUCUCUGUGUGUCUAAGGGCAAAUGUAUUUUCUGAAGCUUGUUCUUGAAUGUUUUUUAUUGUGCUGCAUUUGAAAACGUUUUUCAUAGACUAAAGAAUUUUAAAAAAGAAUCGACUUGUACCUAAGCUUUUAAUAGGUCCAGUUAGAUUGGCAAAGGAAGAUGUGCCAUUUAAAAAAAAAACAAAUUUGUAAAGAAUUUUUUUUAAAUCAUACUGACAGCUAACUUUAGAAUUUGUCAUACAGGACUGUGACAUUUACUUUCCAAAGUCUCUAAAGAAUACGGGUCUGUGGUGAUAAAUACAGUACAAUCCUUUUUCACUGUUUGAGUUAAUGUAAAUUUUAUAUAUGUUUCACAGUAUUAAUGUGAUAGACUAGAUGCUAUUAUUUAUUUUUAUUUACUAAGGAGUGCUCGCUCAUUAUACGUCUGUUAACAUAUCAAAAAUGCUUUGGAUUUAGAAAUUAAAACCUUAUCGUGGGGACAUUACUGCUCAAAUGCAAAAAUAUGCAAUUGACUUUGAGAGUUCAGAGAUACAUACAGUGUAUAUUGUGUAGCUUGUGAUUUGUAGAAAGGCUUUUUAAGCAUGCACGCAACAUGGCAGGUUCUUCCUGUGCAGUUCACAGACGCACACAAGACCAACAUUCUACAUUCCUUCAAGCACAAAACAAUUGUAUUUUAUUUAUAUGUUGAAUAUUGGUAAAGCGGGAGCUCUAAUAGAGGAGAGUGGCUCACUGUUUGUAAUUUAGACAAAAGUCAGAGAAUCUAUGCAGUAAAGAUAAAUCUUAGGAAACUGAAGUUUACUUAUGAAGAGAGGUGAAACUUUCUUCAUUAUGCAUAAGGUAAAUAGUAAAUGUGAGAGUUUUGCCGUUCUCUUAGGAGAAGCAUUAAUUAAAGCUGAUAAUUAAUAGACAAACGCUUCUGUUAGUUUGCACACUGGAUUCAUAAAAAAAACCCAUAAUACAUAUGUAAACCAUUGCACUAAUUAUGAUGCCACAAGCAGGUUUAGAAGAAAAUGGGAAAAGCCCAGGAAACUGGUUUAUGCUGGCUUGAUGUUGUUUAUUUUUUCAUCAGAUAACUGAAAUAACAUGCUAAGAGGCAGGUUUUAAAAAUUUCAUUCUCUUCCACUGAUUCAUUUGGCUUCGUCCUUUCUCUUUUUCUCUUAGCAGGUGCGCGGUCACUGUUCUGCAUAAUUUACCUCUAGCCACUGAGACGGGCAAGUAGCUUUAACCAAUACGGAGGUCUGUGCCAUAUAGCAGAUAGACUAUAACUGGUUGCUGUGGAAUAAGCUAGAAAACGCCCAACUUUUGCUGCAGAAAGAGUUUUAGGUACAUAACUCUGUGCAAGUUCAGAUCUUCACCUUGUAGCAGCAUGUUGGUUGUCGGUGGUGUUUAGGCGAAGUAACAAUGUAAAACCUAUUAAUAGAUUAAUUGUAUUUGUAUUAUAUUAAUUUGGUGAUGAGGCUGCUGGGUUAGAUUUUAUUCUUGAUCACAGUUAUGUAAAUCCACUUUUUAAAUUACGCUGGUAUAACAGAAAGUAAAUUCCAGGUCGCGUUGUCUGUCUUUCUGUGUUCCAGCCAGGUUGUGCAUACCUCCCUUGCAGUACUGCUAAACUGCGAACCCUUUCCACAGUGGGUGUGUUGCACUUCUCAGUGCGUUUGCUUGAAAGGGUUCAUAUUGCAGUGAAAAUUUUAAUUUGGCAGAGUUUUAUAUAAGAAUUAUUUUUUUAUAUGAAUUAUUCUUAACAAAUUCAAAGAUCAACCAUUUUAAGAUGCCAUUUUAGUUUAUUUGCUGUUCGUUAUGCAGAGACCUCUUGGAUGUGAAAUUCAUCCUCCUCUUUCCUCUCUGUGCAGAUCGGGAAUAAAUGACUUAGGUGGUCAGAUGAGGCGAGGGGGGUAGAAUCUGUCUUGACCUCAAAUCUUAUUUCAGAAGCAAACUGUGGGACUUUGCUGUGUCCUAUUUAGGAUGUAUUUUGGGGGUUGGAGUAGUUGUUGCAGCUCCUUUUUGUGAGAAAAGGAGUAUUAGGUGGACCCUUAAUCUGAGAGUAGCUGUUGUUUGUGUAUCCUCUUGGAAUAAACAGAAAUUUUGUGUAGCUUUCCUUCCCUGAGCAUGAAGAACUUGGGAUGGUUAUAUUCAUUUCAGGCUAGGGACGUUUUUACCUUUUACAGAUCUUUUUAAGCCUUCUAAUACAGCUAAUUCUUGAUGGCUUGAUUUCUCCUUCUGUUCCCAUCCCCUCCCACCCUCCCGUGAGUGGUGAAUUGGUGAAUAAUUUGAAGUUUAUUUCUAAAAAACCCUGUUGACCAAUUAUAUACUUUGAAAAGUCCAGCAGCUAUCUUUCUGGGAAUAUUUUAAUAAAAACUAUUCAAAAAUGUCUCCUGUCCAAAAAAAGCCACCACGAACGCCUAAACCUCUGCUUUUGGGUUUUUUCCUCCCUUACCUCCCACACGUCUGGUAAGAACAUCAUCUCAGGUAAACACAAAGCUCACGGUGACUGUAUCUCGCACACAUUCCUGCUGUUGAAGUCACAGUUGAGGCAGACAGUUAUAACCACUAAGUCACUAUGCAGCUCAGGUCAGCAGUAACCAAAUGUCCAUUACCCUCUGGCAGCUGGGGUUGGGUUUCUUUUCUCCUUCAGCCUGCGCAAAGGAGUUUCGUGACUCCCAUUGUGAAAGAGUGCUGGGCUGGACCUCAUCCCUUGCCUUCCUCUUCCUCUCCAUUACGUUCCUGGCAAUGACCUUUUGCUUGAAUUCGGCCAUCAGUGCAGGUGGUCCUGGUGCUCAGCAGUCUGAAAACUGAGUAACUGCACCCCAGUGACAAAAAUCUCUCAUUCCUGUUGCAGGCAGGAGCAGUGUGAUGGACAGACUGACCGCUGCCAGUACUGCAGUAUUUCUUUUGUUUUCAAGAAGUGUGCGUAAGACAUGAACAGAUACUAAUGAAUCGCUGGCUAUAGAUUAGUUUUUUCUGAGGUUUUUUUUUAAUGGAAAUGGUAACACUGUUGAAACAAAAAUACUCAAAGUUCAGGGAGGCUCAGACUUGGCUGGGCAGGUCCCCACGCAGUCUCGGCUUGCUGGACCUGCUUUGGGCAAGGGGCCGGACCAGAGAUCUCCAGAGAGCUGUUCCAAAACAUGAUUCUGGGGCAACCCCCCGAAAACCAGCAGCAGCAGCACUAAGUGUGCAAUGCUUCUAUUGGGAAGUGGAAAAUAGUAUCAAGAAACAUAAAAUACUUGUUGUCUUUUCUUAAAAUAAUGCAAUAAUUAGGUUUGCUUGGUUUUGGAAAUUUAUGCUGAAUAGAACAGUGUGUCUGCUCCACCUCUUCUAGCACCUAGGAAACAGCUGAUCCUGUUAGGAGGAUCAUUAGGAGGAAAUGUCCUGUUGUGAAAUGUUGGAUGUAGGUGGAUUUGUUUCUGCCUUUAUAUGAGUUUGGCAUUCAAGAUAGCCCUAUGCAAUCUCAACACUUUAGUUUGUAUAUAUGCACUGAUGUAUGGAGUGAGGUGGCUUGUUUCUGUUGGAACUCCUCAGUUUGGCUUGGUUUGGUUUAGAAUAUAUCGGCAACCGUAUCGAGUUUGCUGAAUUACAGUCAAUGAUCUUACAUGUUACAGAAGCUUUGGCACAUUCAUUUCUUCAUUUCUAGAUUUGUCAGGGUUUGGGUGAGUUUGUUGUUUACUGCGGUUGUUAGGGAAAAGUGUUGUGUCUUAAUCUGCUGGAGCCAGUGUGGAAGAUUUACAGUAAACUUAUGUUUAAAACAAGAAAUCCAUAAUAAAUACUUUUGAUCUUCAUCCAGGCCCCCAGGCAAUGUUCCCUCGUUGUGAAAGUUUAGUCUUAAUUCUGUCUCCGACAGAGGCUUGCAGGAGUUACUGAUGAUUUUUAAGAUGUCUUGUUUGCAUGUUAGUGGAUCAUUUUUAUAACUAAGAUGAGAUAAUAUUUCCACAAGGAUUUUAAAUUUAAACUGUUGAAGGGUAGGUGUGGGGGUUUAGGGGUUUGCGUGCUCGGGUUACUUUCUGGAAAGAUUGACAUUUCUAAUAGAGUUGUUUCGGAAGCUUUUAUCUGCAAGUCAUAUGUGUACAUGCACCAUCGAUGAGAUACAAGAUUGUGAUCUGGGGGGCUUUGCGCAUUGCUGCCAAUGCUGUUCGCUUCACUGCAGCGGCAGACUCCUCAAAUACAGUGGUCACGUGCAUCCUGCCUGUAGAAACUCCAGUCUUUCUCAAGCCAGUGAAUCUCCAAAAUACAGCUAACACCGCCCCAGCCAAAUGUAGCGGGUCGUUAUAGGGUUGUUUUAGUGUGCGUGCAAAAUGUUUGGUUUUGAGGAAGAAUAUUCAUUAUCUGAAGUGCAAACAGGUUGGUUCUGCAGGUCAUGUUUGCUCAAGACUACAAGUACUAGAAAUGUGGAGCUGAGACCUUGGGAGGUGUAGAUGGACAUACUUGCCUCUUGACGUAAUCCAGUAAGCAUCUCUGGUGGCAUAACCAACCCAUAAAGGACAUUUAUUUUUUUUUUUUUUGAAGAAACCUUACACAUGAAAGAAAAGAAUGUAAAAAAGUUCUCAGUAUUUUUCACACUCAAUACCAGUGUAAUAAAAACACUUUUUUUCCUUUUUUUUUAAUACUGUUUUCCUCCAGUAGCAUCUCUCCUUGUGUAUUUGUCCUGGUGGUGUGGCUUUUUCAAUUUCUAAUGCAGGGAAGUACGUUUGUUGUUUUUUUUUACUUUUAUAUUACAUUUGGUAGUAUGAUUCUUGAUGCAUACAUGCAGUCUUUUCUAAGGAAAACUUCAAGUAGAAGGUAAUUGCACUGAUUAUUUUUUUUUAACUCCCUUUUUACUGUAAGACUUCUUUUUUGCAUCUGCUGUUGCUAUUUGAGAAUACUGUAAAUAGUGCUGUGUAUAGCAAAUACUGAAAUGCUGUGGACACCAUUCCUUGUUGUUCUUGUAUUUUCUUUGGAAAUCUGCCAUAUUUUACAGUAUUGAGAUAGGAGCUUUGGGUUUAAGUGUUAUACUUUUCUGUUUGCGUUAUGGUAUGAAUCCAAGGGCAGAGUUGCUUUAUUACAGUAGAAAUAUUUAGGGUUUGUCUGAAUUUAAAAAAAUAUUUCUUCCUUCUCUCCUCUAUGCUCAUUUUUCCCACACCAUAAAGAUACAAAGACAGUUUUUAAGCUGCCAAUGUGCUUGUUGUCUGUGCAAUGUUCAAAUGCCAGUCUUUGAUACCACUUUUAGACGGCUGAUAGCAUUAACGUAAUAUCCAGACUAUCAACUCUAGCUGUCACGCAUUUUCCUUGCUUCUUCCAGUAUCUGAUUCUUGUGUCAUAUAUGAAGAAGAACUGGUCGGUGUGGCACAACUCGUGGAAUAGUAGGGAUUUGGGAUCCAAGUUACAAUGUCUUGCUCUCUGUCUCUCCAUGGGUGUGGGACUCUCAAGUGCAGUAGAUGUUUUAGUGCUCUGAACUAAGGAAUAGUGUUGCCUCUCGGAUUGCCCACAUGAGGAAACCAUCGAUCUCCUCUCCAUCAGUAAUUGCCUUUUGCUUCUGUAACUCUUAGGGACAGGAGACCCCCAAACUCCAGCCCCAUCUAGCAUUAGGAUGUGAAACAGCCACGUUUUGCCUCCUCUUUUCGAGGGUUGAUGACUGGAAAGAUGCAUUCCUCUGAGAUGGUCUUAAUCUGAAGGCUACGAGGGUUGGUUUUCUGUGUGCUUGGUGUGGCGCGUAGUCCAUUUUUUCUCUCAUUUCAUGUGUUUCACUUCCUUUUUCUGUGUUGUUUCUUUGCCUACAGUGUUAAUAUGAAUGUAAUGGCUUGGCCAAAUCUCUACAAAAUGUGGUUUUGUAAUGCUUUUUAGUUAGCAAGCAGAUGCAGUUAAAGGCUACCUCCUGUAUCCUCUGCAGAUGACUUUAAUUUUUAAAGUGAACCUACUACUAAGCAGCCAAAAUGCUCCCAAACAAACUGUAUUUUUACUGUGGUGUUUUCUUGCUGGAGAACUAGCAGUGCCAUACUGUGAUCUUGGGUAGCUGCUUGUCGCUCCUUCUGUCUUCCUGAGGCGUAGCCGUGGCUUGUGUUGAUGCAUGGUAUUAAGAAGGUAUCGGAAGUGGCAAGGCAGGUCGCACAGCGGGCACGUUGGCUGUUGCGCGGGGUUGCUUGAGAGCAGUGACUCUCUCUACCUGUCCCUUCACUUGCUGAGUUUCUAUACUGUUGUUUCCAAAUGAAAAAGGUUUUCGUACUUUAGGCAUUGGUUGAAAAAGGUCAUGCUUUCACCGAAAAUGACAUGAAGGUGCUUGAAAUGUAUUUUGAAUCUGAGGCAAAAAUUGUGUAUUUGAAUAUUUUUUUAACGUAUUUUUUUAGAGAAGUUGACUUGAGACUAACAGUAAAAAUACUAUAUUCCCUGCUCAGAUCACGAUAAACUUUUAAAUGGGGGGGGGGAACCCAAAACAAAACACCAAAAACCAACCCCAAACUUGAGUAUAUUCAUAUUGUGAAUAUUUGGUGUCAGUUAUGUGCAAAGCCUUGGCUGUAACUCAACCUUGAAAUAAGCACACGGGGACUAAAGGUGCUUUAAAUAACCUGAAGUGAAACUGUAGAAAACUGUGUUAACAGAUCAUACUUUGUUUACAAUGAAUCCAAACAAGCUUCCUCAUUUUAUAAUUAACCACUCUGCUGACAGAAAUACUACCUGUUUAAGCACAAGGCGCUGGUGUGCUUUCAUAGCAUUGUUAUGGCGGGGGGGGUAUUGAAAAGUAACUGGGCUUUAUGCUACAGAUGUUGGCAUCUCCAAAGCAGGUUUGCUGGGAUGAUACGCUCCCUGCAAUUUCAUCAUCUUAAUCUUGGAGUGUAGACACUAAUGGAGCCUGUUGAUGGCAGGGAGGAUGGCUGAAGUUCUGACUUUCUGGAAACCAAUUCUUAUGGAGCAAUGGUGAGUGACUGAAUAAAUAAGCUCACUAAUAAAUGAACGGGGCAGAAUCCUGAGAAUUUUCUUCAGUUCUCAGUUAUAAUUUUAACAAAGCUCCCCACAGAAGUGUGAAGUACAGGGUUUUGCUCUUGGGGGAAUGGCUGCUUUUCAGGAAAUAUUUCACUACAUCUUACUACAGCUCCGUAGACACUAUUGAUGUUGCGGCCUGGAAGGGGUCUCACUGCGCAGGUGUGCUGAACGCACUUUUCCAUGAGCGUAUCCUUGUGAGGCGCCAAGAGGAAUGUCGUGUGCUUUCUAGACUAAGUCUGCAAACCCAAAUGAGCAUUGGGAGGGAGCAAGGGGAGAGCCCUGUGCCAGAUGCUUGUCAUGCCUACCUAGAAGAGAAGUGCCAUCUGUGCUACGCCAGCUACCCCGUCCCUUGUGGAGAUAAGGGUGUGAGGGGAGAUGUUUCCUUGCAAAACUACUAAUUAAGCACGUGUUAAGGUGACAGUUAAAUACCACUUUCUUGGGUUUUCUUCUGGCUUCCCUUUGACGGGCCCCGAGUGCAGCCAGAGCUGUGGCACAGCCCCUUGCAGAACCCCAGCCCACACAUGUCCACUGGCCCCUUCCCCAGGAGGGGAGUAUCGGUAGGCAGUUCCCUCAAGAGCUCUGCUUUCAGCCCUCCGCGUCAGAGGGGUUUGGACUUGGUUGGAGCAAGGACAGGGGUGUUCGCUGAAUUUGGAGGUGCGAGAGGUUGGCGAGAGCUGGUCAAGGGAGUUUUGCAGGUGGCAGCGGUAAGGGAGUGGACCCACAGCACAAGAUGAAGGCUGGCUCCUGCCAUCUAAAUAUCCUCAAAAGAGUAACUGCUUUGAAUUGGUCCAUGCGUGGCCCCAACAGAUGAAUCUUAAAACUCCCUGUGGCUACUCUUCAACCAACCAGCCAGCCUACCUGUGUUGAUUUAAGGAGCCUAGUAUUUGCAUUACAAAUCCAUAUUAAAGGGCCUAUUAAUUUCGACGUGGUUUUGACGAGUGCACAGAUUUUAGGUUCACCACCACCGCCUUUUGGACGUGCUGUUGUAUCAGACUGCUUUAGUUUUGUUACUCCCCCACCCUUCCACCUUUAAGCACAACUGAAAUACCUGCUGGAAUAACUACUAUGUAAUCAUCAGCAGGGGUUAAAGAUAUAAACUAACCUGGGAGCAACCCUAGGAAUUCUCCCUGAAAUAAAAUUUUAUGACUUUACCGGCCUUUUAUAGUUUUUUCAGUGUGCUUGGCAAGUGUGAAUUGUAAAAAGGUCAGCAAGCAAGCUUGGAAGUUGCUAAUCCCUUGGCUGGUGCUCUCUGUAUUUGCUUUGUUAGGUUAGAUUUCCUGUGAAGGAAAAAAAUAAUAUAUUUAAUGUGGAUUCUAUUCUGUGUUUUAACAGCUUUUCCUGUUUUUAAAUCCACGAAUAGAAGAAACUUCACUCGUGCCAGUAUAUGUAAGACUGUACGCUUUUGCCUGCCGUGUACUUAACUCAAAGCAGAUCUGGUCUGUGCUGUACGGCACUCCAAAAUCUCAGUUACUUGAUCUUGUGCUGUGGGUAGGAUCAAACCUAUCAUGUAUCAACAGAACGUACAAACAGGUUUGUUUCUAGAUUUCACCAAAGUUAAUUCUGCAUCAGCUGUGAGAAGCUCAGAUCCUAUUGUUUCUGUGCUGUAGAAGAAUAAGGUAGAUUGACCCUAAUUUUGUUGUUCCUGGUGUGUUUUCUCAUGGAGCUUAGCAAGACUGAGCCCUUAAGUUGCUCAUCUCAUUUACAAGUGACAACUUUGUAAUUUUAUUUUGAAGUAAAUAACAUGUCUCUUAAUUGCCUGACCGACUUGAAUCUUUAACUGAUCUUCAUUUGUCUGUCAAAGUUGAACCCCCAGAAUGUUUCCCACCAAGAGAUUGUUGUGUUUUUCCAAUUCUUUAUUACCUGGGCUAUGGGCAGUAAUAAUUUGAGUACAUGGGCAGGGAAGUGUUAGAUGUGAUAUACUUUUCUUUAACUAAGUUUACUUAAGGACUAACCAGUCGACCAAAAGCAAGGCAUUUUUUCGGGGGGGGGGGGGGGGGGGGGGGGGGCGGGGAAAGAAAGAAAAGGAGAAAAAACCCAACAAAACCAGAAAUGAACAAACCUAAACCAAGCAAACAAAAGGAAUAAGUUUCAGAAUUAUAUAUCUUGGAAAAUCAAAUUAGGUGCAAUGAGGACAUAUAUCUGGCAAGUUAUGUGCUAUCCUGGAGAGUGUAACCACUUGUUUUCUAUAAUUUGAUAAAAUUUAGUAGAGAUUUUUUUAUACAUAUAUAUAUGUGUGUGUGUGUAUAUCCAUAUGUGCCUAUGUGUAUACGCACACAUACAUUAGUGAAAGGAAAGCGGGACUGUUUAUAAAAAAUACAAAGACGGUAUUUUGCUGGAAAGAAUAAGCACAAUUUCACUGGCUUCCACAGUACUGCAUUAGUUUGUACAAUCACAGAAACCGCAACGUUUAGGGCAGUUUGUAAGUAAAGAUCCAGUCCCGGAUUUCUGUGCAGCAAAGUGGUUAACUUGAUCUCGAGAGGGUGAGAUGGAAAACAGAAUGUAUUGAUUAAAUCCAUAUUGUUUUUCCUUUAAUUUUGGUACACUGCAGAUUUAACUGACAGCUGUUAAGAUUUUAAUCUUUUGUGUAAUAGUUUUCCAUUUUUUCUUAUUUUUUAUAAAAUAACUGAAAAAGAGCCAAAAAUUAGAAAUUUGAUAUUGUAAACGUUCCCUUGAAUCAAAAAGUUUUUAUGACCAUUUAAAGUUUGCUAUUUUUUUUGAAAGAAAAACAAAAAGAUGACGUUAAGGGCCUCAUUUCAAGUGGUACUAAAAGUAUGUUGAGUAGUUUGUAUGUGUGUUGCAUCUGUAUUAAAAUGUCUUGUGCUUGCAGUAUAUAAAUGAUGUAGUGCUGUUUGGGUAAGAGUAGCACUUGUAACGCAAAAAGCAGACGCAGAAAUACCCGUGACUGACAUUUAAAUGCAUCAGCGGCAUUGUAGAAUUUACCACAUAGAUUGUAAGCGUUGCUUCAUGUUACUCGAACCAUGAGGUUUCACGUAGGUGUGUGUAUUUAAAUACAUUGUAUGUAUCUUGCUAAAGUAGUUUUAACACUUGCAUGAUGCUGUGUGGCAAUGCCACUUUAAAUUAAGCCUUAACAAACUGACCAAUUUGUCUGAUUUUUCUCAGAGUAUGCAAAAAUACUGUUUAAUGAGAGUAGGAUGUUCCUAUAAAGCUAAACCAGUAGGAAAGACAGUCUUCUCACCUGAGAAAUAAAGGGAAAACUGGUCGAUCUGUAUAUACUGUGACUGACCUCUUUAGGCACUGGCUGUCACUGUUGCUCUGCAGAAACUGGGCUCUCGGGCAUUCCUCUGGCAGCUUACCGAAAACAGGCUUUCUCAAAUCUCAGCUUUAUUUUGUUGUUGAUGUUGUUGAACAUGUUCUCCUCCCUCCCCCUGCUAGGAAAUCUCUGCCUGAAGGAGGAUUGUGAUUUAACACUUAAAUUUACAUCCAAAAAAGCUGUUCUUGAGUUCUCUGCUUGCUUCAGAUAGUGCCAUCGUUUCCACUCUUAUGACUGAAUAUAAUCCUUAAAACAUUUUAAAUAGAGGCAAAUAAAAUGUUGGGGACCCAGCUUUCUUUUUUUUUUUUUUUUUUUUCCCGAUUUGGAUCUACCUCAUUUAAACAGUUGGGUGCUAUUUAUUCAAAUUGUCGAUGAGAUUGGCAGAAGCGACCAAACUGCGUGUGAUGACUGACCUCUUCAGAGGCAGCAUUCUGCAAACCAAAACCUCGGGGUUUAUUGUUCAGAGACAACAAUAUUGUAUUUGAGUUUUAGUCUUUGUGCCUUUGUGUUUUUUUCCCAGUGCAUCACAAUCAAAAGUCGUAUUCUUAAUUAAAAACAGCAAAUGAAUUUUAACCACAAAGUAGAAAAAAAAAAAGGCCAUAAAACAUAGUUUUAGAAAAUUUUAAAAUGUUUCUCAGUGUAUCAAGUCAUAAAAUGUACAGUAUCAUAGCAGACCUAGGCAAAGAUAAAUACCCAGUAAAGAAUUAUUUGAAAUGCAAAAUCCCAACCCUAGAUACAUACAUCUCGGUGUGUAUCUAUAUAUGCAUAUAAUACACGCAUACAGUACACAAUUUUGUGUGUGUGUGCAUGUAUAUAUAUAAAAUGAAGGGAUACACAUGUAAGGGUAAGGGAAUAAACUGUCAUUGACUUUUCCACAAUUUUGUAUGUAACAGUUUACAACUAUGUGUAAGUUUUUCUACUAUGUGAACCUUUUUUACUUAAAAAUAAUUCCUUUUUGGAAGAUUUUAAGUUGUGAUAUGCUAUCAUUUUUUGAAGUUUAAAAAAAAAUAAUGACUUUUUACCAGUACCUAAUACAAAGGGGGAGUCUUUUUUCUGUAAAAUUAUAUUUAGUGUAAAGAAAAAAAAAAAUCUAUAAAUGGAAUUUUAAAAGUGCUGACAUUCCAUCGUGACAGGACUUCAAAGAUGUUUCCUAAGGCUUUCUGCUGCAGAGAGACCCGAACAAAAGGAAAAUGCCUCUGUUAAAUGUUUUUAUAAAACUGCUCCAUCAGGUCUAUACUUAAGCUAUAUUUUCUAAAGCCUAAUCAUCCUUUAAUAUGCUGCAUAUAAAUUAUCAGCAUGGUUGCACUUUCUCAAUAAUAAUGUAUGCCCUGCAAUUGGCUCAUGAUAAGGACUUUAGUUUUUUAACAAAAUGAAUAGUACUUUGGGCAGAAGGUAAUAUUUAUACAGGUACCUCAAGAAAAAAAAAAAAGCCUGAAUAUGCUGCAUUUUGUUCCUUUAACAUUUUUCAUGUAGCAUUUGUUUGCUUUUAUUUUUUUUUUAUUAGAUUACUAGCUACCUGUUUUGCUUUGGGGGGACCCUGGUAGCAUUUUAGACCAUUGUUUUCUGUUGAUCUCGUAGAAUGUAGUAUCCUCCCUUGGUUUCAUGCAGUAGUUCAGGAUGGGAUUUGCCCUGCAUUGUGUACGUGAGGGGGAGGGGGACCGUGAGGAAAUACGCUUUAUGUAGACGUCAGGAAAAGGAUACUAUAUUUCUAAAACAGACAAUACAUGUUCCUAAUUAAGUUUUGGUUUGGUGGGUUUUUUGGCUUGUACUGCUUUCUUGACUUUUUUUCUCAAAUAUGAGUGUGGAGAGGGGGAGCUUAUUAACGGAGGAAAACCAAACUGACCAAAUUUGCCCUGUCGGUCGAUGUUUUGGGGGUGAUGGAGAAGCGGUGGGACAUGGGCUCGGCCACGCUGUGUGCCAGAUUGCCCAAAUGCUGGCUUUGGUAAGAGUUGUGUCCCAUGUCGGAGCAGGAUCCAUCCUGCUCUGGCCGCUUGCUAGUGUGGGUGCGUUGUCUACUUCUUCAUUUCCGAGUCAGUAAAAAUCUAAAAAUGUGCAGAGAUGGGGAGUUUCUUUGUUGAGAACCGUUGAAGGAAGCUUCAAAGGCUGUGAAAUUGAGCAUUUAUUGUCAUGUUUUUAAGCUUAGGUGGGUCCUUUUCCAAGUUUGUUUUACAGCUUGCAAGGUAAAAUAGUUUGCACUACUUUUGCAAUAAACUCAUGAAAAACCUAACAGUUUCUGUUUUGGUUUCUUACUGUAUAUAUACAACUAAUACUAAAGAUUUAGCAUAGUGUUUUUCACCUCAAAACAUAAGUCUUCUAACAAGCUCAGAAUGCUGUAAUUCCUGACAAAAUAAUGAUGUGAAUGAUAUUUUAUAAAGUUAUUUUGUAUGGUGUCAAUUUUGUUUUGCCUCAUAGUAUGUCAAGAAAAUAAAAUUCCUCAUCUUUACAA